AUAUAUCCCGCGACAACCUAUUUUCGGACACAACCCGUAUUCGGCCGGCCCCGAUAAUGUUUUAGUUUUCCUGGAAAACACGCCCCUUCCGGUUUCCCACACGCAUGCUUAGUUUACAAACACCAUACAAAUGUCACGCUGGUAGUUUUGGAGAAAAAUAGAAAUUAAAAGGGUAAGCAAAUGAUAAAAACUUACAUACAGUUACAUUUUUAAUUUUUUCACUAUUCCCAAAAUAUCACGUCCAAAAUAUGUGUUUUUUAGAAAUAAAUCCAAUGUUUUCAUGUUGAAAGCUCUGUCGUCCGACAGAUGAAGUUAUUUUACAGGCUCCGCCUCCACUAUCAAAUUUUGCAAAAGUAUACUUCAUACAAAAAAAUACCACUUAUAGACCCGUGUACCUUACGAGGUUUUCUUAAUCAAUUGGUUAAUGAAAUUUUAAAUAGUAGUAGUAAAGUUUUUUUUCUCUGUUUCUUUUCAGAAUCAUGUGCCCACUAGGGGAUCAUACAGACCUUAUGAUGAUAAUAUGUAAGGGAUGGGUACACUUUUCAUAUUGUAUGUAACAGUGAGGGUAAUCGGAAUAGGAGACAUUUGUGCUGAUCCCACCAAUUAACUCCAUAAACUAACACUGAAAAUACUUUAUAAAUACGUUUUGGGUAGUUUUCUUGAUACUAACAGUUAAAAUGAAUGUUCGAAAUUUGUUUAAACUGUUUCUGACUUUUUGUGACGUAAACUUUGGAGCGCAGUAUAUUUUGAAGCAGGCGUCCGAAAACGGGUUGUACAACUUCCGGUUAAUGGAAAAGUAGGUUAGCCAUGUUGGAAAGGAUAUCUAAAACAUGCUGCGGGAUGAGAGUAAAAAUGAAGUAAUACAUGUUGAAGAUUACUCUCUUCGAUAUCGAGAUAUCACCUUGCUAUCAACAUGGAAAGUACUCCAUUGAAUGAUGUGAACCUAUCAAUUUGUUCUUCUUCAACGAGUAGAAAUGUAACACUAAACUUGACUCAAAAGUUCCUACGCACUUGUCCACUCCCAGUUAUUCCAGAAGUCAAUGCACCUUUGAAACAUGUCAAAAUCAGAGAAACGGAACGUCUAGAAAACAGACUGUGUUCCUUAAGUAGAAGUGUUAAGGCAAACUUGAAAAAGGUAGUUGGCGGUAGAAAUAGAAUGAAGUUUGAUAACAAAGUAAGAAAUACCGCAAUUAAUGAAGAUGAACUUGAAGAAACUUCCCUCAAUACUGAGUCUACGCCUGGGAAAUGUGUUACACGGAUAGAACAAGCAGAGCGUGUCAAUGAAUCCCCUAUUCCUCAGUCCCCAGUGACAGCUAUCGGUACUCCAAAUAGCGGAAUUAGAAUAGACAAUGCAAGUUCCAGAAGUCACAGAAAAAAAUUAAAAAAACAGUUAUUAGAAGACACGUCUAAAGCACUUGAUUUUGUGGAAACAUAUGGUGUUAUACCGAAAAAGGUUGUGGGUGAGACUUUCACCGGUGAACAGUGUGUCUUAAAUGUUGAUGGUGUAUGCCGUAGCAAAAAGUGCUUUGAGAAUAUGACUUCGGUUGAAAAGAAGGAAGUGAAGGAAAUGAUGAAUCUCUGUGACAAACAUAUGAUAUCCGAUGCUUCCUAUCAUGAAAUAGCCCUUAAAUUCCCUGACAUGCCCCGAAAAUCCCAUAUAGUUUCAUGCAGAAAUGAAGUUAACUCCGGUUACGAUGUUAAGCGAACACCCGGGAUGCUGCCAGGCUCAUAUUUGAGUUUUAAAGACGAACUUGUGCGUGAAUUAACUCUCUUAAGUGGGCGUUUCUCUACAAACGAAAUAAUAAGAAUCAAAAUAUCAGGUGAUGGAUGGCGCGAGGGUGAGCAAAGUCUCAAAUUUUGUAACUGUAUCUUUCACCAUUUUGACCGACUCAGUUUCACAAACACAUACAGACCAGAAAGUGCUUGCUAUCGUAAAUUGUGACGAAAAUCACGAUAAUGUGAAGAAAUGUUUUGGGCCAUUGUUUGACGAAAUUAAUGAAUUAAGUUCAGCAGGAGUAAUUACUGUCGGAGAAGAAAGUUACAAUAUUGAGAUUAUGGUUGGUGGUGAUAUGAAAUUUAUCCAGCUACUCCUGGGUCUCAACGGAAGCAUUGGUACCUACGCAUGCCCGUGGUGCAAGGUUGCCAAGGACAACAGAGGGGACAUGACAUUCCCAGAAGGUUACUACCACACGCUGGAGAUGCUGCGUACGAUUCAAGAGAUUUCAGACCUGGCAAGUACUGGUAAGAGUGGCAAACAAUCUUUCGGCGUGACCGGGAAGCCUCUACUUAAUAUUGAACCUAUUCGCUACGUCCCCGACGAACUUCACCUUCUCAUGAGGAUAACAGAUGUAUUACUACGUAACUUAAUAGAUGACGCUAGAUCAAAAGACGAGUAUGGCCGUCUGACCGGACAGUCAUGUGAUAACCUAGAUAUUCUUGUAAAGGCUAUUCAGUCGUGCGGUCUCACCUUCAAAAUCUGGAAUGCAAAAAAUGGUGAUCUUGAUUGGACGUCACUCUCUGGAAAUGAUAAGAAAACGUUACUCAGAGAACUUCCAGAUAAACUUUUCUUUUGCCUCCACGAGGAUACAAGGGAUCGUGUUGUAUCUCUGUGGAAGGAAUUCUCUGCCAUAUACAGUGCCCUGUGUUCCGGUGAGGGAGCAGAAAUUCUGUUUGAAACAACGUGUCAGUUUAUACAAAACUUUAUUCAAAUCGGACAACUAAAAAGGCAUGGGUAUCACCCGUCAAAUGUUACACCAUAUAUGCACGUGCUCGCCUACCAUGUCCCCUUCUUUGUAAAACGUUACGGCGGUCUAAGUAAAUUCUCCGGCCAAGGUGUGGAAAAAACAAACGAUGUUAUUAAACAGGUCCACCAAAUGAGAUCUAGCAAAUCCGAUCCAACUACAGACGCCCUUCUUGUUCGAAAAAGAAUCGAAGUGAGUUCAGCUGUCACACGAAAACCUCGACAGUACACAAAACAAAAUGACAGUUAUUGGUGUUCUGGCAUCAAAUCAAGGCGCGACGCUAAGAGAUGGAAAUUUUUCGAGGAAAUGAAACAAGUAGAUGACGCUUAUCACGGGAAACAAAACGAAAUUGUUCCAGACACUAUGUCAGUAAUAGAAAUUAAAGAUAAACUUGCCAAAUUGGGUGUUCGAACAAAACUUAGAAAGAAAGAAAAACUGUUGCAACUGCUCCGUGACGUUAGCGUAUAAUGAACAAAAAUGAGAAAGGAAGAACUAACAUUAAAUAAAAUAUGCUAAGUGUUUUAGGAUGUAUAUUGCUGGUUAUUCCUUAUUUAAUAGUAUAAUCACACAUCGUGUUACGUAAUAUGUAUACGUAUGAAUUUUAUGUGGCUGGCAUACGGUUACCAUGUUAAUGCAAAUUUUGCCGUGUUCUAGUCAUUUUCCGUUUUAUUAGGCCCAGAAAGAAAUGGACAAAUUACAUAGUGUUGUACCUUUUUAGUAAAAUAAUCCUCAGUUAGUUCCCGUGUUUAUUAUACUUAAAAAAGUUAUAAAUUAAAACAAAUAUUUGCCUUAACUCUGAAUUAAGCCAUUCAAUUUUGCUACCAAUAGCUCUAAAUAGAAAAGAGAAAAGUUGUUAACAUGCGUACACAGUUAUAUUCAUUUGAUAAGUUUAUUACAUAUUAACAUACUAUAUUUUCAGUAUGCUAUGAUGAUAAAUGAAACUGGACUUAUUUUUAUGGUUAUUAUAUACGUAUAUUGUUAUUGUUUGUGUUGAUGUAAAAAUGUACAUUGCUAAAUAAAUUUUGAAAUGCAUUUGUAUUGAAAUGUUGUCUUACACACUUUCGUUAGAAAAGGUUUUCACAGGUAAUAAGACCUU